AUGCGCACUCAAGUUGAACUGCAAGCCAUCCAGCAGAACUGCCAUGCCCUGAUACCGGGGCUGACGACCGCCUAUGGUUAUACACCUUCCCAGGCUGCCGGUAUCGCCUUUGUCACUCUUUUCGGUUUAUCCAUGUGUUUGCACACCACCCAGAUGGCAUGGAAGAGGAACUGGUGGUGCCUCGUCUUCGUCCUCGGCUGCCUGAAUCUCUACUCUGAUCAUUGGUACGUCGAUCCUGGCUCCUCUGCGGUCCGCUCACUUCCGCUGAUGCUUGGCACCACCCAUCUAGCGCCGACCUUCUUCACCGCUGGCAUCUACAUCAUCCUGGGACGAUUCAUCAACCUCCUCGGACGGCAAUCAUCGGUGAUGAGACCGAGUCUCUACCUCUGGAUCUUCUGCACCUGCGACGUGCUCUCGUUGGUCGUGCAGGCCAUCGGGGGCGGCAUGGCGUCGGCGGAAGCCGACAAGGUCGACGGCAACACGGCCAACGGCACGCACAUCAUGGUGGCCGGCAUCAUCUUCCAGCUGGUCUCGAUCACGGUCUUCCUGCUGUGCGCUGCCGACUUCUUCUGCCGUGUCUUCCGCCACAAGGACCUCCGCGUCGCCCUGGCGUCGCUCGCCCCGCUCUUCAGCGCCAUGGUGUUCUCUGUUUUCUGCAUCUACAUCCGGAGCAUCUACCGGACCAUUGAGCUGCUGCAGGGCUGGUCCGGGUACUUGAUCACCACCGAGAGGUUCUUCAUCGCCCUGGACGGCGCCAUGAUGGUCCCGGCCGUCGUCAUCUUCAACAUCAUCCAUCCCGGCUGGUUCCUUCCGAGGCCCUCGAUGAGCAGGGAUUCCGGUGACGUGGAACCGUACACGACGGUAGACAUCGCCAAAGCCCACGAAGCCCACAACCUAACCCAACCCAACCCGCAAAUGGGUUGGGCCUUGGGCCCGGUUCUUGAGCCCAUGAACCCACGGUGGGCCCCCAAUGGGCCACAAACAGUGCAAACAGAGUAG